ACAGUCACACUUUUGUAGACGCUCGACGUUACUCGCGAUAUAACGACCCCUAAUAAUCUCAUACUCGAAAAGCAAGGAUCUCAACAUCCACCAUGGCCGGAGACGAUCACUACCUUACGCUUUCCUGCCCUGACAAGGCAGGUAUUGUCUACGCUGUCACGGGUCUUCUGGCAAAGGAAAACCUCACGAUUUUGGACUUGCAGCAAUUCUCAGACCCUGUCUCGAAAACUUUCUUUAUGCGCGUACAUUUCGGCCAUGCAGCCGACGUCUCCGCACUGCAGUCAAGCAUGGAGAAGCUUGCCGCUGAAAUGAGCAUGACAUACCAAAUCCAGCGAGUAGACGCCAAACCCAGAGUCCUAAUCAUGGUCUCCAAGAUUGGCCACUGCCUAAAUGACCUCCUCUUCCGCGUAAAGUCCGGUCAGCUCAAGAUCGCAGUGCCCAUCAUCGUAUCCAACCACCCCGAAUUUGCCGAGCUCGCAAAGAACAACGGAAUCGAAUUUCACCAUCUUCCCGUAACAAAGGAUACCAAAGAGCAUCAGGAAACUCAAAUCCUCGAUCUCAUCAAGCAACACAAUAUCGACCUGGUGGUCCUGGCACGCUACAUGCAGGUUCUCUCCCCACGCCUAUGCACAGAAAUGUCUGGCAAGAUUAUCAACAUCCACCACUCAUUUUUGCCUUCCUUCAAGGGCGCGAAGCCGUACCACCAGGCCUAUGAGCGCGGUGUCAAGAUUAUCGGUGCGACUGCGCAUUUCGUUACGGCAGAUCUGGACGAGGGCCCGAUUAUCGAGCAGCGCGUUGCGAGGGUCGAUCAUGCGUUGAGUCCAAAGGAAUUGGUCGAGGAGGGCAGUAAUGUGGAGAGUCAGGUGCUAGCUGCAGCGGUCAAGUGGUGGAGUGAGAAGAGAGUGUUUUUGAACGGACAGAAGACUGUUGUAUUCAACUAGAUAGACUAUGUGCUAAUGACAACGAAAAUGAAAACGUCUCUACAAAUGCAGAGACAGAGUACAGACACGAA